UUCUGCGGAUCCCGUCCAGACCUCCGGCUGGAGCCAAGCACCUUCCCCCAGAAGGAAAGCUGAGCCUCUGCACCGGCUGCCGGAGGCCGGGGCCACUCCCUGCUGGCAUCCCCACGACCCCCGCCUCCGGAGGCGCUCCCAGGGCCCGGAGUUCCUUCAGCCAGAAGUGGAAAUGUGUGUCGGCGGGAUCAUGGCGACUCUUGCGGACCUGCCGGACUCGGUCAUAUUGGAGAUCUUCUCUUACCUCUCGGUCCGGGACCGGAUUCGCCUCUCCAGGGUCUGUCGCCGUUGGAGGAGGCUGGUGGACGACCGGUGGCUGUGGCGACAUGUCGACCUGGCCGUCUACAAGAUGCGGCCUAAAAUCAUGUGGCACCUCCUUCGCCGGUACAUGGCAUCCAGACUCCAGUCCCUGCGGCUGGGUGGCUACCUGUCUUCAGGCUCCCAGGCUCCCCAAUUGUCCCCAGCACUGAUGAGGGCCCUGGGUCAGAAGUGCCCCAACCUCAAGUGUCUCUGCCUACAUGGUGCUGACCUGAGCAUGGUACCAAUCGCCAGCCUGCCUUGUACCCUGAGGACCCUGGAGCUGCACAGCUGUGAGAUACCCAUGACCUGGCUCCUUAAGGGACAGGACCCCACCGUGCUGCCCCUGCUUGAGUGCAUCGUGCUAGACCGCGUCCCUGCCUUUCGGGACGAACACCUGCAGGGCCUGACGUGCUUCCGUGCCCUGCGCUCACUGGUGCUGGGUGGCACCUACCGGGUGACUGAGACCGGGCUGGAUGCAAGCCUGCAGGAGCUGAGCUACCUGCAGAGGCUGGAGGUGCUAGGUUGCGCCCUGUCCACCGACAGCACCCUCCUGUCCAUCAGCCGCCACCUCAGAGAUGUGCAGAAGAUCCGGCUGACUGUCACUGGCCUCUCUGUCUCUGGCCUGUCUGUCCUGGAGGGAAUGCCAGCCCUGGAGAGUCUGUGCCUACAGGUCCCACACAUGACCCCGGAAAUGCCUUCUCCAGCUGAAAUAAUCUCCUCCUGCCUCACCAUGCCCAAGCUUAGGGUCCUUGAGCUGCAGGGGCUGGAGUGGGAUGGUCAGGAGGUGGAGAGGAUCCUGUGUCAGGGCCUGCCCCACUGUCUGGUCAUCAUCAGGGCCUGCCCCAAUGAGUCUAUAGACUGGUGGCUAUGACCACCUGUCCUUAAGACCCAUCUCAGUGUUCAUUAAUGAGCCCCAUCUCAGUGUUCAUUAAUCAGCAGUAUCUUGCAGAUGACAGGUAAUUAGGCUAGAGGGGCCCAAAGGCCAAAGGUAGAGGGAAAUGAGGCCUUGGCACCACCAGACAAUUGGAAUUGUUCACCAGUUGUGUGGUCUCUGUGACAUUGCCACUCUGACCCCCACAUCCGGAAAUGCAGAAGACCAUAGCUACCUCAUGGUUAUGUUGCAAAGCCUUACACUUUACAGGGCCCGAGAAGGUCCUCAGUGAAAGGUCCUUCUCAGGGUGGUCCUUAGGAACAGGAUGGAUGCAGAAGGGUGUGGUUAGGAGUUAAAGGGACCUGAGGAACCAGGGCCCCUUAGGAAGCCUGGAAGGACUGUCUACAUGUGCACCCACACACCUACACACCACUGAUUAUACCUGAAUUUGGGGGGAGACACAGAGAAAGUGCAGGUGUGAUUAAAAUGUUAAUGAAGGUUCUAACUGUAUUUUUUUAUUUCGUA